CGGUCAUCGCAAGUGUUUUUUUGCAGCCCUGGGAACGUAUUUUGAUCAUUUACCAUGUCGGCGGCCACAAAAUUACAUAAAACCAGCUGGUGCGCGCUUCGGCAGCUGCAACAAUACAGAACUAAGGCCACCUUGAGCGGUAGUUCUGCCUCUAUUGCCAAGCGGAAUGACCUUUUCAACCAAGAACAGCGGCGGCAACGGGAUGCCGUGGGCCGCAUCGACAAGAUCGAGGUGCGGUACCUGGGCCUGCCCGAGGACGUGACUCUGGUGAUGAACAGCAACAUCUCCACGCCCUACAACUGUGCCCAGCACCUGAGCGAGGGCCACUGCAAGCGCUCGGCUCUGGCCCUGAUCGAUGGCAGUGUGCCCUGGGAUAUGCAUCGACCACUGCAAGAAUCCUGCACCCUGCAGCUGCUCAACUUUCAUGUUUCAGAGCCGCAUCCAGUCAAUAAAGCCUUCUGGCGCACUUGCAGCUUUAUGUUGGGCGCCGCCUUGAACAGGGCCUUCAAGCCAGAGGCUGGACUCCAGCUGCACAGCUUUCCUGGACCAAAUAUUAAAUCUGGGAGCUUUGUGCACGACAUUGUAUUGCAAACUCAAAACUGGCAGCCCACCAAGGAGGAGAUGCGCGCCAUUUCCGCUGAGAUGGUUAAAUUGGCCGCCCAAGAUCUGCGUAUUGAACGCCUGGAUGUCCAGCAAGAUCUUGCCCAGGAAAUGUUCAAGGAUUCCAAGUACAAGAGCGAACAGUUGCCCAGCAUUGCACAGCAGACUCAAGGCAGAGUAACCCUCUAUCGUCUUGGUGAUCAUAUCGAUAUCUCGCGCGGUCCUAUGGUCGGUUCUACCAGUUUUCUCGGCAAGUGUACAAUUUCGGCAGCCCACAAGGUGGCAGAGGAAGGUGCUGCCGGUGCCUUUUAUCGUAUUCAAGGCGUUGCCUUGCCCAGUGGCUUCCAGCUUAACCAUGUGGCAUUUGGUGUACUCGAGGAGAGAUCUAAGAAACCGAGCCCCGCUCGCCUGCCCAAUGAACCCUUCGAGGAACAACAACAACUGCAAUUAUCUUAAAGCGUUCUUUAAUAUUUAAAGUUAUAUAAUAGGGUAAACAAUUAAAGAGCGUCCUCAUUUGUUACAAAAAACAAA